UUUUCACCCAUAGAAACAACAAAUAUUCCUAAACUCACACCAAUGACUUGUGCUACGCCUUUCCAACUUCCCUUUCUUAUUAUUCUCCUCCUCGCUGCAACCACCACUUUCUCGCCACUGCCACCUGUUGAAGCGGCUGACGGUGGUGGACGAUGGCAGCUCCUACAGAGAAACAUGGGCAUCGUGGCCAUGCACAUGCAGCUUCUCCACAACGACCAUGUCGUAAUCUUCGACCGCACCGACUUCGGGUUAUCCAACCUCUCAUUACCCGACGGAAGAUGCCGUAGAAACCCGCGAGAGAUUGUCGUUAAAACCGACUGCACCGCACACUCAAUCGACUACGACGUCGCUGCCAACAAGUACCGCGCCCUGUACGUGGAAACGGACGUGUGGUGCUCCUCCGGGGCGGUGACUCCCGAAGGCACACUCAUCCAAACCGGCGGCUUCAACGACGGCGACCGUGCCGUCAGGACCUUCACCCCCUGCCCGAACUGCGACUGGCGGGAGGAUGUAAACGGACUGGUGGCCAGAAGAUGGUAUGCGACCAAUCACAUCUUGCCAGAUGGACGGCAGAUAGUAAUCGGAGGAAGAAGGCAAUUUAAUUAUGAAUUCUAUCCCAAGAAAGAUGCCACGGCGAGAAACACAUACACCUUACCCUUUCUCCUACAAACAAAUGAUCCAGGCGCUGAGAACAACUUGUACCCUUUCGUCUUCCUCAACGUUGAUGGCAAUCUUUUCAUGUUCGCCAACAACCGUGCUAUUCUAUUCAAUUACCAGAAAAACACUAUCGUAAGAACCUACCCUACCAUCCCCGGCGGAGAACCAAGAAGCUAUCCCAGCUCCGGCUCCGCCGUGUUGCUUCCUCUCAGAAACUUGAACAAGCCGAAUGUGGAGGCUGAGGUCUUAAUCUGCGGCGGAGCCCCGAAAGGAUCUUACCAGCAAGCUCUAGGAGGAAAGUUCCUUCCAGCUUUGGAUACCUGUGGAAGGAUCAAGAUAACAGACGCCAAUCCAAAAUGGGAAAUGGAAACCAUGCCUGGUGGAAGAGCCAUGAACGACAUGGUAAUUCUCCCAAACGGCAACGUUUUGAUCAUGAACGGUGUAUCUCGUGGAACUGCGGGUUGGGAAUGUGGCCGUGACCCGGUUCUCAACCCGUAUCUUUACAAGACUAAUGCCCGGGCCGGAGAUCGGUUCGAGUUACAGAAUCCAUCAGACAUUCCUAGGGUUUAUCACUCCUCGGCGAUUUUGCUUCGCGAUGGAAGAGUCUUGGUGGCUGGAAGCAACCCUCACAUUGGUUACAGUUUCAACAACGUGGUUUUCCCAACGGAGUUGAGAAUGGAAGCUUUUUCUCCUUCUUAUUUGGAACCUCGCUUUGAAGAUGUUCGUCCCAAAAUCAUAGCUCCUGCCUCCCAAACAAAGCUCAAGUACGGUCAGAAGCUUACGAUGCGGUUUGGAGUUGCAGCACCAUUGGAUAAGAAUUCGGUGGCGGUUACAAUGGUUGCGCCACCUUUUACCACUCACUCAUACUCCAUGAACCAGAGGAUGUUGGUGAUGGAACCAAAUGCCGUUAGAGAUGUUGGGAAAAUGACUUACGAAGUUGAUGUGACUACGCCCGGUUCAGCCGUUUUUGCACCACCCGGUCACUAUUUAUUAUUCGUGGUCCAUCAAGAUAUCCCAAGCCAUGGUAUUUGGGUUCAGAUACUGUGAUUUUCAGCGCCCAACGGUUUCUAUACGCUUCCUAUUUCAUUGUGAUAUAUUAUUAUUAUUAUUUUAUUUUUUUGAAAAAUAAAUUAUUAUGAUUUUCCCGUGAAGAAAUUCAUCUGUGAAGUAAAAAAUUUGAAUG